CACGAUUACAUUACUGAGGCGAUGCAACUGGCCGAAUGGUGAUCUACUCCUGACCUGGUUCCUGGCUCCCUGGACCAGCACAGACUCGAUACAAGCAAUAGAAGGGACGAAUCGAUUGAUCGAGGCCCGUCUUACGAUGAAGUUGUCCAGCAUUCUCCGCUUGCCGGCCCUGCUCGCGGCGACGCUGCUGGCGCCGGCCGCCCUCGUCGAUGCCGAGCACACGAGCAACUGGGCAGUCCUCGUGUCGACAUCCCGCUUCUGGUUCAACUACCGGCAUCUGGCGAACGUGCUCUCCAUCUACCGGACUGUCAAACGCCUCGGGAUUCCCGAUUCCCAGAUCAUCCUGAUGCUUCCCGACGACAUGGCGUGCAACCCGAGGAACGCCUUCCCGGGCACCGUGUACUCCAAUGCCGACCGCGCCGUGGACCUGUACGGCGACAACAUCGAGGUUGACUACCGCGGCUAUGAAGUCACCGUCGAGAACUUCAUCCGGCUGCUGACGGACAGGGUGGGCGAUGAAAUGCCGCGGAGCAAGAGGUUGUUGACCGACGACCGGAGCAACAUCUUGGUGUACAUGACGGGCCACGGCGGAAACGAGUUUCUCAAGUUCCAGGAUGCCGAGGAGAUCGGCGCCUUUGACCUGGCAGACGCGUUCGAGCAGAUGUGGGAGAAGAAGAGGUAUCACGAAAUCCUGUUCAUGAUCGACACGUGCCAGGCGAAUACCAUGUACAGCAAGCUUUACUCCCCCAACAUCAUCGCGACCGGCAGCUCGGAACUCGACCAGUCGUCAUACUCGCACCACGCCGACAACGAUGUGGGCGUCGCCGUGAUUGACCGGUACACGUACUACAACCUAGAGUUCCUGGAAUCGCAGGUGCAGGACCUUAGUAGUAGGAAAACGGUGGGCGACCUUUUUGACAGCUACGAUUACGAGAAGAUACACUCUCACGCCGGCGUGCGGUACGAUCUUUUCCGCGGCGGGGCCGACGCCGCGCGCAGCCGGCUGAUCACCGACUUCUUCGGCAACGUGCAGAAUGUCGAGGUCGACGGCACCAAGAAUACUACCCUGGAAGACGACCUCGUAGCCCUCAGUAAGACCAUCGCCCAGCUGAGACAGAAGGUGGACGAGGCCGAAGCCGCAGACCGAAAUGCGACCGGGAGCGCGACAGGGAACGCCCGCGCCGACAAGCAGGCCCUUCAUUCCAAGGUGCAGUUCGCAAAGCCCCUGACGGAUGAUAACUGGUGGGCGAAGAAGAUCCCUCCCUUGCGAGAAGUCCACUUCAAUUCCUGGCCAAUAACCAAGAGGGCGCUCACCUGGUCAUGUGACGGCGAGCUCGCCGUCGCCGCCGACGACUCGGUCCACAUCCUGAUCCCCGAGUUUCCGGAUCCCCGCGCCGCCGAGGAAGCUAGUGGGAGCAGUGACCAGCAGGACGAGGAGGAAGAAGAUGAAGAUGAAGAAGAAGAAGACGAGAAAGAAAGCCAAGAUCCCGACCUCGUAGACCUCCGGCCCCCCUUCCUCCGCCGCCGCCUCCCCACCCGCCAACGCCCCCAGUUCUCGGGCGGCAGCCUGCAGAUCCCCGUCUCCUACCCGCGCCUGGACAGGCGGCUCAACGCCGACCUCUGCGACGCCGCCGGCGUGAACUCCCGUUCCGGUGCAGGGGAUACGGCGCCAAGUGACGACGACGAGGACGAUGGGGACGACGACGACGACGAUAACGACGACCCCGAUGACCACGAUGACGCAGGAGAAGGCAGCGGCACCGAGAGCGCCUUCUCGGCCUCCGGGGACGAGGAGACCGACGCCGUCGGCGCGGGCCCCAUCUCAGGCGCCGGUGCCGGCCUGAACCACGUCGUGAGCAUCGCCUGGUCCCCUAUUGGUCUCGGCCCCAGCGGCCGCCCCGUCCUGGCCGUCCUGACGUCGGCGGGAAGCGGCAGCGGUGGCGGCGGCGGGCUCGGCAGGGUUCGCGGUGAGGACGGCAUGCUGAAGCGGCGGAGCCUGUCGUCGUGGGCCGUCCUGUGGGGCGUCGGGGGCCGCCUCACCGUCCCGGGCCAGCGGUCCGGCGGGGCUGGAGAGUGCGUGUUGGGUUUCGCGUGGUCUAGGCAAGUGGCACCCGGGCGGGUUCUGCUGGCCUACAUCAAUGACGCGCGAGAGGUUGCGGUGCUCAGCGUCCAGUCGCUGGCUGUACCUGGCGGGGGAGGAAAGGAAGCAGCGGUGGAGGAUGCGAAGGAGGAGACGGUGUGGCAGGUGCAGGAGGUGGCACGGUUCAUGGCAGAAGGCCCUCACCCGCGGACCUCUGUUUGGGAUCCUAACUACGUUCCCCAGGGGACGUCGUUUGGGCUGCGGUGGAGCCCUUGGCUUUUGUCGGGGGAUUCCCGGAGCUGUCUUCUGUCUUACAUUGACAGGAACUACGUCGGCUUCCGCAGGGUCGUCAUUAACGGAGAGCCCGCAAGGGGCGAAGCACCCGACCUAACUGUUGAUGAGGCUGAUCUGUACGGAACGUGUCUUUGUCUCUCCACGGACAGUUUCGUGGAAUUCGAGGAUGCAAUAUGGACAAAGGAAAAGUCGAAAUUCGUCCGCGGACUCAUCGUCACGGGCUUCCACGUCAAGCCGUUUGAGGUCACUCUUGGCGGAUCUAUCUCCGGGUUCGAGGCAAAGCCACACACCCCAGAGCAGUGCGGCGCGUCCUACUCAGAUCCACAAAUAGACGUCCCGUCGAGCAACCCCAUCCAAGACCUGAUCAUCCACCCGCCCAACCUGGUCAAGCCUACAGUAACACCCAUCUACACCCUCAUCCGCCUCUCGGCAACCUCGUCCAACCACGACUGGCACCAGACCAACUUGUCCCUCCCAGACAACCCAUCCACGCCCGGCGGGGCAGGCACGCGACCCCGAUGGGCAACCGACAUAUCCAACAAGCUCGAGAUUUCCGUCCCGGCGGGCCUACACGGGCGCGACAUGUUCGCUGGCGCGGACGACUCGGACUCGGACUCGGACGGGGCCAGGGACUCGGACUCGGAUGGCAAGGGCGGCGGCAACGAGGAGGCAUAUUCGGACUCGGGGUCCGAGGAGGCGGGCGCGAUCAUUCCGCAGGGCCCCGAGGUCCACCCGCACCGCUUCCGGCUCCACGGCCUCGCGGCGUCGCCGGGCGGCGGCUCAUCGGUCGUGCUGGUCAGCGCGUUCGCCACGCAGCAGCUGGAUCGCGGUGGGUGGGCCGAGCCGCGGAGCACGCUGAUGUUCGACUCCCGACCGCGCCCGGGGUUGGGGAACGACGGCGACGGCGACGACAACGAUGCUGGUGGUGGUGGUGGCAGCACGGGCGGUGCCCUGCGGCCGCUCACCACCGAGGGCCGCAUGUGGGAGUGGAUGUACGGCGGCGGCGCCGACGUGCCGGGGAUCACGUCCGGGGUCGGCGACGGUCACGGCUGGGACGGCGCUGUCGCCAGCAAGCGCAAGAGGCUGCGGGGCUUGUUCCAGGACGCCGUCGCGCGGCAGAGGUGCGACUUCUGCGGCGAUCUGAUGGAGACCCGCGGGACGGGUGGGCUGCAGACGGUCUGCCGGAAGGGCCACUUCUUCACGACAUGCGGGACGAGCGGGCUGGCGAUCCAGGCCCCCGGCAUAUCGCGGACGUGUGGCGCAUGCGGGGCGCGGACUCUCAAGCUGGAGGCGUUGGUUGGGAGGGCUCCUGAGCUGGAAGGUGGCAUCAGGGCCGAGUUUGCGGGCGAUGCUUGCGGCAAUUGUGGAGGGAAGUUUGUUGACUGAGGUAGACAGCUCGUGGGUGAUACGAUGGAAUGACAAGUCACGUCACAGAGGAUAGGAUCGGGUUCUGGGAUUAGUACAUGAUUCAUAGAGGAGUUGCCGUUCCUUGUUGCCCUCGGAGCUGAUUAGGAAAGGUCCAGCCACAUCACAGUUUCAAUCUGACAAUCCACACGAAGGAGGUUGUGUACUACUUGCUCUGGUAUAGAGUUUCAUAUGAUAAACGCUAGGAUUUCAUGGAUGCGAAUGGCUGCACUGCUACUUCUCAGAUCAGACUGAACUUGACCUGUGGUGAACUUGGGUGAAGGUUGAAACCCCCCACGUGCUGAGAACUGACCUAACCUGGCAACUUACGUAAUCCUACCUCCGAGCUAGGAACUGCCCCCCGAGC